AGAACUUGUUGUGCAAGAAGCCAGGUCCAUUAAUAAAACUAAAAAGAGAAAACCCAUUCCUUCACUCUCUGAACUCUCCCCACCUCUUCCAUUCCUUAAGACUCCGUGCUUUCAUCCAGAUCUUCAUACUUUUACAGUCCACGCUAUUAGGGUUUCUACCCAUAUCUCUCUCUCCCUCGAACAUGGAUCUUAGCAACAAUCUAGAUGCCCCUCACUCCAUGGGCACCACCAUCAUCGGCGUCACUUACAACGGCGGUGUUGUUCUCGGAGCCGACUCUCGCACCAGCACUGGAGUCUAUGUUGCUAACCGUGCAUCGGACAAGAUUACUCAGCUGACCGAUAAUGUGUAUGUUUGUCGCUCUGGAUCGGCUGCAGAUUCCCAGAUUGUUUCCGACUAUGUGCGUUACUUCCUUCAUCAGCACACGAUACAGUUAGGGCAGCCUGCAACUGUCAAGGUUGCUGCGAACCUCGUCAGGCUACUAGCCUAUAAUAACAAGAACAUGUUACAAACUGGCAUGAUUGUUGGUGGGUGGGACAAGUAUGAAGGUGGUAAAAUUUAUGGAGUUCCUCUUGGUGGAACGAUAAUAGAGCAGCCUUUUUCAAUUGGAGGAUCUGGUUCUAGUUACUUGUACGGGUUUUUCGAUCAAGCAUGGAAAGAAGGAAUGACCAAAGAUGAAGCUGAGCAAUUAGUGGUUAAGGCAGUUUCCCUUGCCAUUGCACGUGAUGGUGCUAGUGGUGGUGUUGUUCGUACUGUCAUUAUAAAUUCCGAGGGAGUGACAAGAAACUUCUACGCCGGUGACAAACUUCCGUUGUGGCAUGAGGAAUUGGAGCCACAUAACUCACUGUUGGACAUACUGAACUCGACCAGUCCUGAGCCAAUGAACAUAUGAAGUGGAGGAAUCAUAAUGUUGAUAGGCCUCUAGCCUCACUUUAGUUAUUUCUCUUUAGCCUGCUACAUCUGUUUUCCAAUCAGGAACGAGAUUUUAAUCAUUUUAUAUUUGAGAAUGGUUCAUGUACCCUAUCUUGCUGGAUAUAUUUCUUAUUCAAUCUAGAUGGGUUUAAGUUAUUUGUUA